AUGAGAAAUGCAUUGUUUUGCGUUCUGACAGCUACUAUCCCAGAAGAGCAGCUGCUGACCUGCGGAGCGGCCGACUGCGGCCUCGACAUCAGCGUCAACAGCACGAGUACCAGACCGGCCCAGGAGCUGGUCUGGACCCUGGUCGGGAGUUACAUCGGCGUGGGGGUGCUGGCCAUGCUCAUCGUGGCCGUGUUUCUGGACAACAUCGACCGGGAGCAGUCCAGUCGUUUCCGUGGGAACCGGGAGCCGUUCUGCCAAACCUUCCUGGCCACGUUCCGGCUGCUGAAGGACUGGAGGCUGGUGACCCUCAUCCCCCUCACCAUGUACAGCGGCUUCGAGCAGAGCUUCCUCUCCGGGGAGUACACCAAGGUGAGGGGGUCUCCAACCCACGAUCAGGGUCUGAUUAACACUCGUUGGCAGACAGACUUCUGGGAAAGUCUUCCA